AUGUCCUUUGGUCAAUCAAUACCAGUCUCGGGCCAGAUAUUGCCGAUACGGGUGUCCGUAUGGUCGCAUUCGAGCACGGCGAACGUCCAUCUUAUGAUUCCUAUAGGUGAGUCCCCCCGGCAGUGUGGUAUGGAUGCAAUAUUGUUGAUGAAGUCCAAGAAGAGAAGAUCGAUCGGCGAUGAUUGUAGAAGGAUUCAAGUUACAUAUACUGUAGGAGGUACCUUAAGUAAUGUACUCAUGGAUCUUCCCGUAUCUCCAGGAGCCGAUAAUGAAGUCCAUAACGCCUCACCAUUACCAUUACCACCAUCAUCCCCCGGAUCCGGCUCCAGAGUAGCAAGCAUCUACGAGCUCCUCGAAAUGAUCAUCCUCGACCUCCCCCUACGCGAGCUGCUUCUCCUCCGCGCAGUGGGGAGGUCCUUUCAACGUGUCGUCGACACGUCCGAGCACAUUGGACUGCGAUUCAGUCUUCCCUUGUCCUCUCUCAAGUUGCGCGUGGGAGAUUAUGUGCGUCACCCUCUCUUGCCCCGCGAAGUCGACGUCUGGGCGGGGAAGACACGCAAGUCGCAUGUAAACGGAGCAGAAGGAGGAGGAGACCGAGGAGGAGGGGGAUAUGUUACAUGCCGAUUCGUGCUCAAGCAGAAUGCCAAUUUUGACUGGUCUGCGCCGGCGUCGUGGCGGAAUUUUUACGCGUGUGGCCCGCGGGCGCGGAGUAUGCGAGCGUGGACGGGAUGUUCCAAGGUGUUUGGGAGGAGGAAUACGGGCGAGUAUCGAUUUUAUCAGAGUCCUCGUGGUCUUACUUUGGGGCAACUUGCGGAUGCGGCGUGUGCGAUGAAGACGGAUGCGCAAGUGGAUGAUGCGAUUGUGCAUUUUGAGACGGAUUUGGAUGAUGAUGGGAAUGAUGUGCCGAAUGAAGCGUGUUCUCAAUAUACUAAGUACUGGGUAUGA